GGAAGCCUAUUGUAAAUACCGCUUACACGGUUAAACUUUUUUGAAUCUGUGAAAACAAAUCUCUGAUCAUCGCACAGCAAAAUAAAUCUGCUGAAAAACUCUAUCCCAUUCUCCUGUUGUUUGCAGCUCCACUGUAGUUCAAACAUGAUAACCAUGUUACGACUCAAUCUAUUCGACAUACACCCAUUCCAUUCUCACAAACAGUUGGUUAAGCAUCCAUUUCAUUCUCGCACGUCUUGGUCAAGCCUUGCCAUUACCAAUGCCCAUACGCAGAGCCUCUUUUCACACUUUGCCUCCAACAAACUUAACAUGUCUGAGGCUGAUAUCACUCAGAUUUUCAGAAGGGCUCCCCGAUUGCAGAAUCUUCGAACCCUCGACAGCGUAGAGCAGUUUAUUCAUUAUUUGAAGAAGCGCGGCUGCACCGACGUCCAAAUUGCCAAAAUAAUGAGGAAUCGGCCCUCAAUAAUCACCGUUUCAGAAAAAAAAUUGGAACCCAAGAUCAGGCUGCUGGAAGAUUUCGGUUUUGAGGGUCAAACCCUGACGAAGCUUUUGACGAGCAAUCCAAACAUCUUGAGUCUGAGCCUCGAGAAAAGCCUUCUUCCCAAAAUGAUGUUUCUCAAGAGCAUAUUUGGGACCGAGGACGCGCUCGUUAAAGCCAUGUUAAGAGCACCACAACUUAUCGGUUGUAACCUGGAGAAGGUUCUCAAGCCCUCGCUUGCUUUCUGGGAGGGAUUUGGUUUAAGCAGGGUGGAACUCUCUAAAUUCUUACGGCUGGCUCCGAGCGUACUGUUACGCAGUUCACUAACGCCUGCAGAAGCCGUUCUCAUUGAUAACAUUGGCCUUGAUAAAGGAAGCAAAAUGUUCAAAUAUGUUUUGAUUGCAGUGACUGUUAGCCGCAUGGAAACGUUGGAGGCCAGGAUAGAGAAUCUCAAGUUCUGGGGUCUCUCGGCCGAGGAAAUCUGGCGACUAUUUAGGGUUGCUCCUCUAGUCUUAAAUUUUUCCAAGGAAACCAUUGGUGAGAAGAUGAAUUUUGUAGUUAAUCAUUUGAAGGAACCUGCAAAUUCUGUAGUGAAGCACCCUCUCCUGUUGCAAAAAAGUUUAGAACGGUCUGUGAGGCCCAGGUUUCAGGUUUGGCAGAAAAUCGAGUCCACUACUGCCCCCGGUCUUUCUAUUUUCAAGGUAUUGGAGAUGACAGAGGAAAGGUUUAUAAAGAUUAUAGAAGGGCAUCCUGACUCUGAAAUCCUGUGGUCAAUUUUUGAAAAUGCCGUUUCCGAUGCCCCCAGUGGCACAAAGAGAUCAAGCAGGUUGAUGCUGUGAGAGUCAGGACUACAAAACCACAAUAAACUUGUUUGUCUAGUCUUUGGCAGAAGGCGGCCAGGCCUUCCCCAUCUAGGUGUUGGCUGUGAGCAUUUUACUUUCUGGAGGCACCCUAUUCAACGUCAGGAGCGACAAUGUUAUCUCCUCCGCCAUUUGUUCUGUGUGUAAUAACUCUUUAAGCGAGGUAUGCAUGGCAAUUAUUGAAUGUUAAAAUGAGCUUCUAAUUGCUCUCAUUGCAGCCAUUCAGUGUGAUUUAAUUGGUGAAUUUUUAAUGCCUUGAAGUUUUGUAGUGAACCAUCAUAACGUUUAGGAUGGGAAUUAUGUCAGAGGAACAAGGAGUGAGCCAUCAUACAUUGUGUUCAUCAAACAGGUUUCCCAGCACUCAAAUUUUUCAGAAGUUGUAAUUUUGGGUUUGAUGGUUACCAUUUAGAAGAUCCUAGUCAGUUGAGUCAAGAUAUCAUGUAAGUUCAUUAAAGAAGACAUUAAAAUAUGUCAAUCAGAGCAGUAGGUUCUUGUAUUUAGAGUGCAUUUUCAUCGGCAGUUGGAGGACAUCACAAAACAUUAUUAGUUUGAAGCCAUACGUAAUAAAUGGUUUUAAUCA